GCGAAUAAAAGUGCUCACAUACUCCUGCUUCCUCGAUGCCGGUCUAUCAGGUACAACCGUAAAUUGUGCCGUGACCUUUUUUCCAAAGUUGGAGCCGAGGAGCGACGUUCGUCAUCGGUGGGCAGAUUCCAGCCCAACACUGAUCGUGCACAGAUGAAAAUUGUCGGCUCUCCUGCCGUUUGCAAUCGCCUGUUCAGCUCUCCCAUUCGCAAAUCAAAAGACCAACAUGAACAUUUCUCCGAAAACGUGGCGAAGCCUCUUUGCCCUGACAGCUUCCAAGAGGUGUUGCCUCACAUCGACACUUUCAUCUUUGACGCCGAUGGGGUUCUGUGGUUAGGGGACGAAGUGAUCCCUGGCUCACCAGAACUAAUCGACUUUCUAAUUAAAAACAAUAAAAGGGUGAUUGUUCUCACAAACAACGCCACCAAAUCGCGGGCCGUUUAUGCAGCUAAACUCGCAAGCCUCGGGUUCAAUCGCCAGCUUGACAAGAACUUCCUUGUGAAUCCAGCCGCAGUCAUCGCUGACGCUUUGUACAGAGCGGGCAUCGCUGGCUACAAGAAGGUCUAUCUGAUCGGAGCUAAAGGAGUGCGUGACGAAAUGGAUGCUCUCGGUAUUGAGUAUUUCGGCCAUGGUCCUGAACCUGUGGACACUGCUGAUGGGAGCACCUUCAUGUAUGACAUCGAUCUGGAAGUAGAACCCUCCAAAGUCGGAGCAGUGGUUAUUGGUUAUGAGAGGCAUUUCAACUACCACAAGCUAAUGAAGGCCACAAACUACCUCAAGCAGCGACACUGCCUCUUCCUGGCCACAAACGAAGACGAAACCUGUCCAGGGUCCAACCCGGACGUUGUAAUUCCCGAUGCAGGACCUAUUGUAGCGGCGGUGCGAUGUGCAUCUGGCAGGGAACCGAUCACAGUCGGAAAGCCGAACAGUCCAUCACUCGACUACAUACGAAGGCGAUGGAACAUCGAACCUGAACGUACCAUGAUGGUUGGCGACAGAACGAAUACUGACGUGAAGUUUGGUCGUGAUCAUGGCAUGAAGACGCUAAUGGUACUGUCCGGUUGCCAUCAGCUCGAAGACAUCAUGGACAAUCACAAGAACGACUUGCAUGACAUGGUUCCGGACUACUUUGCGACCUGCCUAGGAGCUCUGUUAUCUCGAGGGCAAACUUAG